AUGGCGGGCAUGGCGUUGAAGAUCUGGGUCCUGCUUGUGCCCGCCUGGGCCCUCCAACCCAAGGAGUUGGAGGAUUGGUUCGCUUCGCCGAGCGGGCUGGCGAUGACAACGAGCGAUGCAGCCGCUGCUGCGAAUCAGCACUGGAACGCCCUCGCCCAGUGCGGAGUGGAAAUCAGGAACCUGCAGGCUCUCAAGGACACGUUGUCUGACCGAAACUCGAUCGAUCUGCCACUGCCGGACAUUCGUUCUCAGAUCAUCCAGUUGGCGGAGCAGCACAUUGCGUCGGAGAAGUUGCAGCAGUUGUACAGGGUCUUGUCUUCCGGAUACACCCUGAGCGGUGGCCUGGCGCUUCCAAAGGACGAGGCACAGACCAUGAUGCACCUCCUGGCCUUGAAGAAGGCGGAGCCCGAGCAGCUCAAGGCACUCUACCAGGUCAUGUACGGCUAUUCUGGGCUCGGCUUCGCGAAGUCCGUGGCGCAGACCACGUCCAUUCAGCUUGCCCAAGCUGGAGCGGAUGCAUCCCAGUUCAAGGCGACCUACCUUGCCACGGUACAGAAGGGCCAGGCGGCCGCCAUCACCGAGGCCUCGAAGGCGGCGGUGGCCCACGACCUGGCAGGUCUGGUGAGGCGCUAUGCCUUGGAUGCCAAGCCUUACACCGCCAGUGAGUUCCUCCAGCACUACGGCGAAGGCGGCUGGCUCGACCAGUGGCUCGAUAGCCCUUUGGAGAAGCGGGUCUCCAACGACCGGCAAGCCUACACCGCCAACCAGUUCUCCAGGCACUUCCCUGGCAGCUGGGAGGCCAUGUACAAGCAAAGCCCGGAGGCCACGCAGCUCCGCCUCGCCCAGGACGGCAAGACCUACUCCAUGCUUGAGUACCAGCAAUACUAUGGCGACCAGUGGCAUGAUCAGUGGAGCGUCUCACCUGAGCUUUCCUGCAAGGAAUGCGCACCAUACGUCGGUGUCUUCGCAGUGCUUGUUUGA